CAACAAGGAAAGUCCUGCCCAUUGGUCUAAACUUCUGGGGUCCAGCGCAUAAAAGCCUCAGAUCUGGAGGAGGCACCAGAAUCUGAGAACCUCACCUCUGAACAGGACCUGCCCACCCUCCACCCCACACACCAUGACCCACUCGUGCUGCUCCCCUUGCUGCCAGCCUACGUGCUGCCGGACCACCUGCUGCCGGACCACCUGCUGCCAGCCCACAUGCUGUGGGUCGAGCAGCUGCGGGUCCAGCUGCUGCCAGCCUUGCUGCCGCCCAACUUGCUGUCAGACCACCUGCUGCAGGACCACCUGCUGUCAGCCCAGUUGCUGUGGGUCCAGCAGCUGUGGACAAAACUGCUGUGGGUCGAGCGGCUGUGGGUCCAGCUGCUGCCAGCCUUGCUGCCGCCCAACUUGCUGUCAGACCACCUGCUGCAGGACCACCUGCUGUCAGCCCAGCUGCUGUGUGUCCAGCUGCUGCCAGCCCAGUUGCUGUGGGUCCAGCGGCUGUGGGUCUAGUGGCUGUGGCUCCAGCUGCUGCCAGCCAGUUUUCUGUACACCCGUGUACUGCACGAGAACCUGCUACCACCCCACCUGCUGCUGCCUGCCUGGGUGCCUGGCCCAGGGCUGUGGAUCCAGCUGCUGCCAGCCUUCCUGCUGCUGAUUGCCUCACCAAGAACCACCAUCUGAUUUGCCUUUUGGGAAACAGUCACUGCUAAAUGUUGCCGAAAGCCAGCCCCCAGUCCCCAACAUCUCUGUUCUUCAUCUGCCUGUUGACAAACCUGUGAAUCAGCUUGCUGAAGUGUGGACCGCUUCUCCCUGAAUCUCUCCUCCUUUCCUUCCUCUGGGUCAUG